GACAAUCAAAAUCUUGUCCCUGUGUUUCAGCACACGCGAUUUGGGGACUUUGAGCCAACCAGGACAGACAGCUCCGAUAUCCUCAAUGCCUUUUCUUCCUCUUGGUCCCUGGCUUCGGAUAAUGAUCAGCAUGUAUCCAGCCUUUCAAGCCUGGAUCUGACUAUCCUGCCCCCGCCUAACCUUUUCAGCCACACUGGCCCCCUGCAGAAUGAGCUCUCCCAGAACAAGGCGUGGGUGCUGAACCGCUUCAUGAGCAGAAGUGAGGACACGCUUGUGUUUUCAGGGGAUGAGGUUCUGGUAUCGGAUGUGUUAAGAGGGGUCCCUGGCUGCCCAUCCAAGAUCAGGAGUUUGGAGCGCUCUCUCGUCUUCAAGGAACAGGCUGAGAUUUUAGCUCCCAGGCAGCCACACGGUAACUUUGUGGUCCAGCCACCCCGGAAAGGGAUCUUAAAGCAGUCCAACAUGCUACGGGUCCAACCUGAGAACCUACGGAAGUCAAGAUCAGUGGAAAUGCUAGACCAAAACAUUGUCCGAAACCCCACUCCCCAAAGCCAUCCACAAGGAAAGAAGCAAAAAGGGUUUGAUCAAACUAAGCUACCAGCAGGGCAAGCAGAGGCAACCACUACCUCCUCAACAAACCAGGAAUGGAAGCAUAAAGUGCUGGAGGAGAAGGUGAAGUUUUCGCAGUUCCUGGAUGAGAUCAUCUACAGGGUCCUAAGUCCUGCCAAUCUGAAGUCGCUUGGGGCACAGAAACAGGAGAGCCUACCACACUCUCGCACAUCGGCUGCAAAUCCUCCUCCUUCUGCUCCUGUACCUGUACCUCGACAACAGCAGCACCUGUUGCCAGAGGUUAGGAAAGGUUCCCAGACAGACAGGAGCCCCACGUUGAUGAGAAAGAGGGAAGAGAGGAAUCACCAAACAAGGGACAGUUUGGAAAGGAGCCAGAGAGAGAAGGAUGCUGACUCCAGGUUGUGGAACAAACCCACAGCAGCAAAGAGGUGCAUCUUGGAGACUAACCCGGGCCCUGAGUGGCAGUGGAUGGAAACACUGAGGGAAGGCCCCAGGCUGAGGCUUGGGGAGAUGGACAGCAGCCGGGGACCACUGGGUGGGGGAGAAGGAAGUAAGAGGGACUGGCAGGAGAAUUUACGAUGGAAUGUCCCUCCACAGCACCUCCACACUGGGGCAAGCUCAAAGGAAGCAGUGGAUAGGUCUCUUACCUUUGAAAACUCUGCUUCACUUUUAGAUGUGGAUAAAUUAACAGCAGGAACACCAUCUACCUCUUCUAGGCUUACUACAAGCAAGGAAUCCCUUUCCGAUACGGACAGGAUCAAGGUUCUGCAGCAGCAGAAUGAGGACCUGCGACAGAGACUCACCUGUACCACCCUCAAGAUGGAGGCGAUGGAGACGGAGUUCGAAUCCAGCCGGCACUACAUGGAGGCAGAGAUGGGAAGGACCAAGGACGAGCUGGAAAAGAUGAAGGAUAAGUUCCGCAGACUGCAGAACAGUUACACAGCAUCCCAGAGAACCAACCAGGACUUGGAGGACAAACUUCAUGCACUGCUCAGAAUGGUGGAGAACGAUAAGAAAACCAUGGACCACGAGACUGUGGAGCUCACAAAUAAGCUGCUGGAUGCUAAGAAUACCAUCGAUAAACUGGAAGAACUAAAUGAGCGCUAUCGGCAGGACUGUAACUUGGCCGUGCAGCUGUUGAAGUGCAAUAAAUCUCAUUUUAGGAACCACAAGUUUGCUGAUCUUCCUUAUGAGUUACAAGACAUGGUAAACAAGCACAUGAAGACCAGUCCCCCCGAUUCAGGGCAAGUCAAGCCAGAGUUGUUCCCAAGCCUGGCUUCUACUGACGUGGUGCCCACAUCGGUGAUUGCCCGGGUGCUGGAAAAGCCAGAGCCUCUGGUGCUGAACUCUGCCCAGUCGAGCAGCAGCGCAGGGCGCCCCAUGGCAGAGGACGUCUUUGUUCAUGUCGACAUGACUGGGCCGCAGGCUGACAGGAACGGGCUGGGCCAGGAGAACGGUGGGCAGGGUUUGGUGAGAGGAGCGCACCAGCUGCAACAGAACGGGACGUGCGAUCGGCAGGGCAGUGUAGAGAGCCCGGCAGGAGAGGAAGGAGGGAACAGAGCAGCGUUGUCCUCCUUUGAGAAGCUCAACCCGUACCCCACCCCGCAGCACCCCCACCCUCUCUACCCAGGUCGUAAGGUCAUUGAGUUCUCCACCGACGACAAGGUGAAGAUCCCAAAGAACAGCCCGCUGCCAAACUGUACCUAUGCUACCCGACAGGCCAUCUCCCUCAGCCUGGUGCAGGGAGAGGAUGACGGGGAGCGGCAGAGGACAGUACCCAGCAGCCCUGCGGUGUCCGAGGGGGGCUGGCGUUCCGGUGGGGGUUGUGGUCGUGGCAGUCGCUGCACUCCACAGCAGAACAUGGCUGACCUCCGCUCCACCCAGUCUAGCCCCUUCAGUAGCCCACCACCUGUGCCCAGUGCCCUUGCCAGCUUGGCCAGCUCAGAGGAGGACCUUCUAUCCAACUGGCAACGCAUGUUCGUGGAGAAGAUGGCUCCGACUUCCGAGGGAACUCUGGUCAACCGCACCUCCUUCAGCAGCGAGACAGCCCAUGAGCUGCAGAGGAGCUUCCAGGCUAAGAUGGUGCCUGGAGGUGGGAGGGGGACUGGGGAGCAGCAGGGCGCCUACUCAGACGGGGAAGAGUCGUCGGCACGCAGCUGGACUGUCAGUCGUGAAUCCAGUCUGGACACAGAUAACAGCAGCGCUGCAGAGUCCCGAGUCAAAAAGGGACACUACACCACUGACUGCUCCCAGGAGGAGAGCAAGAAGCUCCUUAUGGCUGUAGACACCCAGGACGAUGGUGGCAGCGUUGACACCACCAUUGCUACCACAUCCAUAACCAAGACGAGCCCUGCAGUGAAGAGAAAGGAGUAUGCGGACUUGGGGUCUACUGGGAACUCCACAGAGGAGCGGGACAUCCUGCCUCAGGAGUUCACCAUGAUUGCUCCAAGGGCUUUCCCCAGCUUGGAGGAGUUUGUAGAGAAGCCACCUCUACAUCAUACCACCACAGCCUCCUCCAGGCCCCAGAAGAGCCCCAAACGAAUGGGAGUCCAUCAUCUGCACCGCAAGGAUAGCCUCAACCGGGCACAGGAGCAUGGAAACCUUCUGGAUUAAACGGAUUAGGGAGCAAGAGGGGAGGCGAUGAUAGAUCAGUCUCAGAGAAUUCUCAGACCUGGUCUCAGACCAGUUGUGGUGGAUGAGGAGAAGCUGGUAGCAGAAGCAUGUUAUCUAUGUAUUGCCUGUCUAGAUGAGCCACAUGUGGAUUGAAAAAUGUGGCACUUGUAAGCAGGCUUUUCCCCAUUGAUAAGUUCAGUGCUUUCAGAGCAUUAUCUGGAGAGCACCGGUUGCUAUUCUAUAAAGGUGGCAUUUAGCUUUGUGCUGUCUUGAAAACAAAGUAGUGCAGAGGUCCAUUGCUGUUCUCCUGUAAGUAUCUGUCUAUCUAUCUAUCUAUCCAUCCAUCUAUCUGCUUUUGUUCUAAAGCAUAUAUGACACACACACACACACAUACAUACCUCAGUACUGUAUAGGUUAGAUAUCGAACUACUUCAGACAAACUUGAGGUGCUUUGAAACUCCACCCUAUUAGAGGCAUGACUCACAUCCUUCUGCAAUGCACUGUGCAUUCAACAUUGUGCCCUAUUGGGUACCGUUGGAUUAUUGUGGUCCAGGGAAUCCCAUUGUGCAAAAAUUAAACUGCCCAAGUGCUUAUGCAUUGUAUUUAUCCGCAACCAAGGCAGUUAACAGUUGCCCUCGGGCACUUGAGAGAGUAACGGUUGGGCUGCUGGAUAGUAUAUGGGAGUUGCAGACGUCUGAGUUGCUCAGAGACUGCCCACCUGGUGUUAACAGCAGCGUGUCUGGAGUUGCUGUUGCAGGAUCUUGUUGCCGUUUACAGUAUAAUUUUAGCUGACCCUUUUGUUCACUUGCAGUGCCUAUCCGCUUGUUACGGUGUUUGAUAAGACCGAAAAGAUGUCAGGGUUCCUUUAGUGAUCCCGUUUUAAUAUUAACUUUAGGUGUGUGUGUGUUUGUUUCUUUUAAAACUUGUGGAAUACAGUAUGUUGCCACUGAAGUAUAAUAAGCAAAAGAAGCAUUAUAAAGGCUUCUUCUCAAUCUGCUAAAGUUUACUAGAGCACUUUCAGUUUUUAGUGAUUGCAGGUUUGAACUUGUGUGUUAAUUUGCAUUUUGUCUUGUGUGAAAAUACUGCAAACAAAGCUGUAAAGACUGAAAAUGGACACCUGUAUAAGUGACUCUCUUGUCUUCAUCACAGCAGUGUUUUGUAGGUGUACAGGAAAAAAAAACCUAAGUAUUUUUAUAUUUCACUUUUUUCUUAUUUUUUUUUUAGUACUGCUCAGCUUACUGACAAAGAUCAGAACCCAGGUGCUGAUCCCGACGUUCGCUCUCUGCAUUUUGUAUAAUCUAAUUUGCAUUGGCAAAAGCUUUGUACACUGCUAAAUAAAAAGCAGCAAACAUAUUGCUGUAGCUUGAUUUGCAAAGGGAUGGACACAUGCAGGCCUAUUGAUUUCCUAUGGGCUUGCUUACGCAUGUUUCUGAAAAUUGUCACGUUUUUUUCCUACCAUUUUUUAAUUGUAACAGAAGUAACUAAGUAGUGUUUUACCCAUGUAAGACAGAAGUAACUACAGACUGAUGCAGGUAAAUGUGUGUCAGCUAAUGUGUGAUCACAGUUGUCCUAAUAAACUUUGCCCCCACGUAGACAGGGUCUUUAUCCACCCCAGUAUGUGUAAUACUUCUUGUUCAUUCAUUUGAAUGACCAACAGUGUAAAGCUGUACAGUUUUUAAAAUAAAAAUAUACUAUAACUUUUAAGUUGUACAGCAGUGUACUUUGAUCAGACUGAUCCAUAAACAGCACAUGACCCUUUAGUAGAGAUACUGCCAAAAUGUAUGUUUUUGUGUGUUUUUAUGGUCACGGCUUUGGAGAGAGUUGAUCAUCAAACAUUGGAUUUACAGCAUGAAGUUUUUUUCUUCCGAUGCUUAUUGCAAGUUUAACUGUGGGUUGGUAUCAGACCCAUCAUUAGUUCUAGUCUUGGACUACCUUACCUAAGGUAACAUUUGGUAGUCCCAAGAUUGCUAAUCUGGGUCCUUGGAACCAGCCACCAGAGAGCCAGGUUUAACCCCCGUUGUCAGCCUGCUCUGUUUACUAGAACUGGCACUUCACACGAUCACACUGCGGGUCUUUGACAUACACUGCCAUUUUCUUUCAGUAUUGACAAAAAAUAAAUACACUCACAAUUAUUCUGAAAACGUGGUGCAAUUAGAAAGCAAUGAAUGCGCUGCUUUCCCAACUGGGCUGUACAUGUAAUGGAUGUUGAAGUGGUUUUCAGUAGCAAGUCAGGCUGCUAUAUCUACAUCUGCAGUGUUACUGGAACUGGUGCCCAUACCGAAAGACUGUUUCCUGCUGAGUGAAGGAACAAGUCCUGUGGUAUAACAGGCGAGUCGAAUAUAAAGUGUCUACCAUACAGAAAAUACCUGUCUACAAGCCCAGAGCCAACAGUUCAUUUACACCAACUGUUGCCUCAUGGGGGAGUUAGUUCAGUUUUGUACCAAGAUUUCCUGCAGUGUUCUGUGUCUCUGCAGAAGUACACAUUUUUUUUUAUUUUGAAUUCUGUUGUUAUCUCCGUUUAUCUGAUCAGGAAUAUAAUCUUAAUCCUGUAGCGUUGAUCUUGCAUUUUCUUUGAUUAUUCUAGUUGUUCUUCCUUUUAUUUAUUUUUUUAUUUAGUGUUGAUUUAUUCCUGAUGUUUUACUCUGCGUUGAUUUGUGUUAAUUCCGUUGAUUUUCAGAACUGUCUUUUGACUUCGAGUAAAUGUUCUCCAGAUGGUGAAUCUAUUACUUUGUGUUUUACUUCAAUAAGUUGAUGUCUGUAUAUGACUGCAGUAAAAUCAUGACAACCACAACACAUUCUCAAAUGAAAAACAAAAACAUUUGUUUUUAAUAUAAAUGAGAUGUUAAUGUUGUGCUUAAAAUAAUGGAGCGACUUUUCUGGGUAAAUGGUUAGGUUUAAUAUCACCACUGUACAGUGGUAUCUAUUUCCCAUUUCUGUUAGUACAACAAACCAUAAAUGUAUGUGAAUGGGAAGCAUUCCUGUAAUUAAGGAUUGUCAGUUGUCUUCUCUGUAACAAGUUGUUUUUUGUUGUCCAGUGAUAUUCUUUGCACCAUUUUAAGCAGUUUUAACCCAGUCUUAAGAUCAAUGUGGUUGUCUUUUUAUAAAGUUUUUGUUCUUAGGAGCAAGUGUUAAUAAUGCAGUAUUUCAGAUGUGUCUGUUUUGAGAAUUAAUAGGGUGCUAUAAGUUGUAGAUCGUGGAAUUAAAUGAUUUUUGAAAAUGAGGAAGCACAUGCUUAAGAGUUGAUCAUUGUUGUUGGUCUGUUACGCAGAGCAUGCUGGGAUAAUUAAGUCAAAUUUCCAUGAUUUGAUUCAAAUCAUUGGGAAAUUGCUUGGGUUACAGCAGCUGCCAUACCUUGAUGUUUAAAACACCUCCAUAUUCGGGCUCCUUCCAGUACAGGAGCUCUGCAUGGAGUGCAGGAUGCACCCCUUAGCCUGGAGAUUACAGGUUUGAAUCCAGGCUAUGUCAUUGCUGACCG